AUGGAGAGCUAUUAUUUACUAGCCGUUUUAGUAAUCCUAAGAUGUGAAUAUGAAACUGUGAAUGCGAAAGACAUUUCAUACAUGAUUAAAGAAGAACAGCCUCUGAACACCCUGGUAGGAAACGUUGGUGAGGAUCUUCAAACUGUUGAUAUACUUACAUCUGAAAACACCAACAGUCUGAGCUACAGCAUCCUGACAUCAGGGAACCAGCACGCCAAGCUCUUCAACAUCAGCUCCAGCGAGGGACAACUCCGAAUAGCCAGGAGAAUUGACCGGGAGACUCUCUGUCCUUUCCGGUUGGUCUGUGGUCUUCAUCUACAAGUUGCAGUCCACUCCGAUGCCUCAGUCUACAGCUUCACGAUCAAACUCACCAUACAGGACACAAACGACAAUGAGCCAACGUUUGGUAACAAGACCAUCUCAUUACAGAUUCCAGAGUCAUCACCAAUUGGAGCUUCGUUUCCUUUCACUGGAGCCGUGGACAGGGAUAUUGAAGAAAACUCUUUACACAGUUAUGAAAUUAUCCCUAACAAUGCUCCUUUCAGAGUUAAUUUCACCAAAAACCUUGAUGGGACAUCAACAGUUAUUCUUUAUGUAAAAGAGGAACUAGAUAGAGAAACACAAGAAGGAUAUUAUUUGACUUUGUUAGCAAAGGAUAACGGUGUACCUCAAAAGAGUGGAACCACAGUGUUGAAAGUGACUGUUCUGGAUGCCAAUGACAAUGCACCACAGUUUACAUACUCAGUGUAUAAUGUGACAAUUAAAGAAAACACACCAUUAAACACAACAUUUAUUCGAGUAUCGGCACAGGAUGUUGAUAAAGGAAUUAAUCGAGAGCUCUUCUACAGACUCAGUAACCAUCAGGCUAGAGAAAUCAUGGAGUAUUUUGCCAUUGAUAAAACAGUGGGUGAUAUCAGUUUAAAGAAAUCAUUGCCCAGUGGGUUUAGACGUAUUAUUGUCGAAGCCAGUGAUAAAGGAACCCCUUCAAAAUCUUCUCAAACAUUUGUGGACAUAACCAUACUGGACACCAACAACCAACAUCCUUCCAUUACUGUUAAUCUAUUUAAUGGGAUUGAGGUAGCUCAUAUUUCAGAAGCUAAAAAUGUUGGCUAUCCAUUUGCUCAUGUCAAAGUCUUAGACUCUGACACGGGAAGUAAUGGCGAUGUCCAAUGCUACUGUCCAAACAUUAAUUUUGAUUUAAAACAGCUGGGCAUCAAAGAAUAUAAAGUAAUUAUCGCUAAAAAGCUUGACAGAGAAAUUGCCACUCACUACACAGUGGUGAUUUUUUGUGAAGAUUUAGGGAAACCUAAACUGACUGCAACAGCAAGUAUUGAAGUUGAGAUAGAUGAUGAAAACGACAGUGUGCCUUACUUUGUUCAAAAGUCAUAUUUUCUUAAUAUCCUAGAAAAUGAAGAUAUUGGGGGUAUUGGAAUCCAGGUAUCAGCCAAAGAUAAAGAUACUGGUACAAAUGCUCAGAUUACAUAUAAAUUAUCUGAUGAUGCAUGGCCUUACUUCAGACUUGAACCAGGAAGCUCGAUAAUAAAACCCAUUCGACCGUUUGACCGCGAGGAGAAGUCAGAGUACAAGUUCCAGGUUUAUGCUAUAGAUGGAGGUGAGUCUCCAAACACUGCCAGUGCACUGGUUACUGUUAUCAUAAAAGAUGUAAAUGAUGAACAUCCGACAUUCAAUUCUUCAUCAUACACAUUCUACAUCCGUGAAAACGUCCCAUCUAAGACUGUAAUUGGGACUAUUUCAGUGACAGAUCAAGACACAGGAUUUGGGGGAGUGAUUUCACUUCAGCUGGUCACAUCUAACACACAGACAGUAUUUCCUUUCUUUAUCCGUCAAAACGGAACUCUGCUGGCAAUGUCGGACAUAGAUGCUGAGAGGCAAAGUAGAUACAACUUCAAAGUUGUGGCUACAGAUCAAGGGGAGAAGCCGUUAAGCAGCUCGGUUGAUGUCACUGUAAUUAUUCUGGAUGUUAACGACAAUAAACCGAUUUUUGAUUUUCCCAGAAGCUCUAAUAACUCGGUGACUGUCUAUACACCUCAGACAGCUGGGUUUAGCAUCUCUCGGGUGAUAGCUCAUGACCCAGAUAUUAGUGAUGGGUCUAAUCUCCUGUAUUCCUUGUUUGAUAAGAAUAGGUCUUCAGUGUUUGAAAUUAAUAAAACGUCUGGACAUGUAUAUCUUUUGAAAAACAUUGACAUUAGUCAUGUUGGGUAUUAUGAAUUACUGAUAACGGUGAUGGAUAAACACAGAAAUCCAUAUUAUGAAAUGGAAAUACUGCAAGUUUUUAUCAAGUACAAGAUCAUGGACCCACUGGACUACAGACAUGAAGAGUAUGUCUUGAUAGUUGCCUCCCUUGUUUGUGUCACCCUCGUGGUGGCAGCAGUGGUUCUUGGGGUGCUGUGUUUUCUGUGGAAGCGGGACCAGGACAAUGAUUCGGACCAGGUGUUGUCUCAGAGUUCAGGAAGUCUUGGAAUCCAUAAUCUUGGGAUGGAUGCGGACACCUCUAAGAGUGAAGUCAAUAUGGAGGAUUCCCUGGACCAGUUACAUGACAAGUCUUUCUGCAAUGAGAGUCUGGAGGAGAAGGUGAUGUUCCGUGUGGCGAUGUCUGAUGUGUUGGAGGGGACGGCCACCGCGGACCGCGCCCACCAGAAACUCAACCAGCUGGCAUCGUUCAGACUCCACCAGGCCCUCAGAGAGAUGAACUCCGACCCAGCGGAGUUACAGGUGUCAACACCCCGGGGUGCAGCCCUACCAAACAGAAAGCAUGGAAACUUCCAUGAAGUAUCUAGAUGGAUGAGAGGUUUCCACAGCAACAGCCUGGAAAAUAUCCGAACCCACAUCCACGACGAUGACAACAAUGAUAAUGAUGAUGACAUCAUCAGGCACAACAAUGUGACAACGUACCCACACAGAAUAAAGCUGGGUGUGAGAGACAUCAGACGCAAGCCACUCGACCCGGCCAGGAGUGACCAGUUCUUCACCCAGACCCUCCCAUUUGACCGGCAGAGUCGCGGCCGACAGCAGAUGUCUCACAUCACCAAGAGCAAGUCAAACGACCUGGUGAGCAGCAAGUGUGUGCCGUUCAGCAUAGAGAACGGACCUCAGCCUCAACAGAGGCCAGUGUCCGAGGAAAGUGAUUCAGAAACACGUGAAGACUUUCUAGACUCUCUAGCUGCUGCGUCUGCUUCUGCUGUUGGUGCUGGGCAGACAGAGAGUGUUGCCAGUCAUAUGACAUUCUUCAGUAAGCCAAUAGUGCCAAGGCUGCCGUUGGAGAAGCUAGACAUUUCCAUGAUGACGGAAAGCGAGGCACCUCCAUCGUAUCGGUCCACGGUUCCUAGUUCAAUCCUCAGCAGCACCACCACCUCGGGCAGUUACAGUAUCUCUCUGGAGGACAUCAAGCCCAAUAUCUCAGAUAUCGUGUUUGCCAGGGUGACAGAUGUGUAUGUCUGA